UGUAGUUUUGACUACAACGUGCACAUGUUCAAUAAUAUGGCUACCAAACGAAAACAUGUGGUUGCUGCAUCCGAGGAAAUUAUUGAUAACUCGACUGACCUUCUGAAGAAAGAUGCUUCUGAUGAGGUUGCCGAUGGACGAGAUGAUGAAGGGUUCUCUGAUACCACCGACUCUGAAGAAAGUGUAUACUCUGGGUUGGAGGAUGAAGAGGACACUUCAGAUGAAGAAUCUGAGGACAAGAGUGAUGAAGAGGAGGAGGGAGACAGUGAUGGAGCUGAAAGCAGCGAAGAUGUAGCAGAAACUCCCAAAGACGAGACAGAGAUGUCCCCAGGCAUCAGCACCGCAUCGACCAGUGAAGUUGUUCAAACAAAUGAAUAUGAACAUGAUUCAUCCGAUGAAGAGGAUAUACGCAACACAGUGGGCAAUAUCCCCAUGGAAUGGUACAGAGAAUAUCCACACAUUGGCUAUGACAUUUUAGGCCGGCGUCUGAUAAAGCCAAAAAAGGGAGACGAACUUGAUGAAUUCCUGAACAAAGUUGACGAUCCUAAUUACUGGAGGACUGUUACCAACAAGCUGACAGGGCAGAAUGUUGUGUUGAGCAAGGAGGAUCUAGAGCUGAUCAACAAUAUACAGAGGAGUCGCAAUCCCAUGGGGUCUGAGACCAUGUUCCAGCCAUGGAUUGAGUACUUUACCAACGAGACGAUGAUCCACCCUGUGACUGCCCAUCCAGCACAGAAGAGAAGCUUUAUACCAUCCAAGUGGGAGAAGUUGAAAGUAGGUCAGAUGGUCCAUGCUAUCAAGAUGGGUUGGAUGAAGCCACCAAAGGUCCCUGACAGUGAUGAGGAAGAACAGGAGGAACCAGAGGAAGAGCACCCAAAUUACUUCAACAUAUGGAAGGAUGAUGAAGAGCCUGAGAUUACGAGACGGUACCGACAGCACAUCCCUGCCCCCAAGAUGUCCCUGCCUGGCCAUGAGGAGUCGUACAACCCACCCUCAGAAUACCUGCUGAUGGAGGAAGAGGAGAAAAAAUGGAAAGAGCAGGAACCAGAAGAUAGAAGAUUAAAAUUUUUGCCCCAAAAGUAUUCUUCCCUGCGACUGGUCCCUGGCUACUCCAAGUUCAUCCAGGAAAGGUUCGAGCGAUGCCUGGAUCUGUACCUGUGUCCGCGCCAGAAGAAGAUCAGGAUGAAUGUAAACCCUGAAGACCUGAUCCCCAAACUUCCCAAACCGAAAGAACUGCAGCCAUUCCCCACUACACAGUCCAUGAUCUACAAGGGACACGAGGGUAUUGUAAGGUGCAUCUCCGUAGAACCAAGCGGUCAGUGGCUGGCAUCAGGAUGUGAUGAUGCGACGGUGCGGUUGUGGGAGGUUGCGACUGGCAGGUGUAUGAAGACGUUGCAUAUGGGGGAGAAAGUGAAGAGUCUCGCCUGGAACCCCAACCCUGCUCUCUGUCUGGUCGCUGUUGUCCUAGAGAAGAGCGUGGUUGUGGUGAACCCAGGCUUGGGGGACAAGCUGAUGGUGUCCAACACUGACAUAGUCAUAUCAGCCUUCCAGCCCCCCAACGAGGAAUCAGCAGGCAAGAAGGUUCCAGUGGAUUGGGAGGUGUGUACAGGCAAAGAUCAUCAGAACGGCUUCCGACUCAGGAUAAAACAUCCAAAGGAAGUGUCGUAUGUGACAUGGCACGGCAAGGGAGAUUACCUCGCCACUGUGAUGCCAAAGGGAGACAGCAUGUCAGUCCUCAUUCACCAGCUGUCCAAGAGGAGGUCACAGAAUCCAUUUACCAAGUCUAAAGGUUUGGUGCAGCGAGUCGUCUUCCAUCCUUUACGUCCGUAUCUGUUUGUUGCUACCCAGCGCUGUCGUGUGUACAAUCUCCUGAAGCAGGAACUCACCAAGAAGCUGAUGACCAACUGUAAAUGGGUGUCAAGUAUGGCCGUACAUGCUGGAGGGGACAAUGUGAUAGUCGGCAGCUACGACUGUAGGUUGAGUUGGUUUGACCUUGACCUUUCCACAAAACCCUACAACACUCUCAGACAUCACAAGAAGGCCAUCCGCCAGGUGUGUUACCAUAGGAAGUACCCGCUGUUUGCCUCCGCCUCUGAUGAUGGGUCUGUCAUCGUCUGUCAUGGAAUGGUCUACAAUGACCUGCUGCAGAAUCCCCUGAUAGUGCCCGUGAAAGUGUUGAAGGGUCAUGUGACUACUGGUGGACUAAGUGUAUUGGACUGUGAGUUCCACCCCACACAGCCCUGGGUGUUCUCUAGUGGAGCAGACGCCACGAUCAGACUCUACACAUGAUCCAUUUUGAAACAGGGUCCAUCUUAGCACAAUACACCUCAACAUAUGAUUCAGCUGUUCAAAUGAUCCAUCUCAACCUGACACAGCUCUACAUGUGAUCCAUCUCAACCUGACACAGCUCUACAUAUGAUGCAUCUCAACCUGAUACAGCUCUACAUGUAAUCCAUCUCAACCUGAUGCAGCUCUCCAUGUGAUCCAUCUCAACCUGAUACAGCUCUACAUGUGAUCCAUUUCAACCUGAUACAGCUUUACGUGUGAUCCAUUUGGACAUAUAGUCCAUCUUGCGUCCAUGGUGCCCAUUUGAACAAAACAUUUCAAGUGUCAAGCAAUAUAGAUACUGUGUGAUCAUUCUACCAGAAUGAAUGUGCAAGAAGCUGCUUUGUUCUGACUAGAUUCCUCACCGCCAGGACUCAGCCAUGGUGAUGACUGGCAGAAUACAGCUUCCUGGGGCUGUCCAUGACUGUGGAAUAUGAAUAGGUCAUUGUCAAGACUUUGUAUAAAUAGGUGUACAUACAUGUAACAAAAUUAAAUAUGGAUGUCCA